CUUCAGCUGUUUUGUUAUUGUUCCUACAUUAGCACCUGCCUUUUCCGAAUCAUAAUUUGUAUACUGGAUUAAUCUGAUUAAUAAUGUUACUAAUAGAUAUUACUUUUUGCAAACUUUUUUAAAAUGAUAGUCUACUAAUGUCUCUUCUUUUAAGGGGUUGACCAGCAACUUAUGGGUUCUGAAGGUGCUCCCAAUUUUUCUAAACAGAGCCAGCCGUUGUCAUUCAAUGAAGCAUUGCAAUAUUAUCAGACAAAGGACUUAUCUGUUGUCAGGCCUCUUAUUAAAACCAGCAUAGAAAGAAGGGGGUUUGCAGCAUUUAAGCAUUUUCUGUUGGGACCACCUAAACUUCACAGAGAACUUUUACAGGAAAGAGACAUGAUAUUUUGCAUAGCAGCAAGCCAGUUUGACAAUGAUGAAAGUGUCCAUGUGAGAACACUGCAGACAAUGUUUAAGCAGAUUACUGGGUCAAAAUUUGAUUGUAAAAGAUAUGGUGACCACUGGGAUCAAAUUGGGUUUCAAGGCACUGACCCAGCAACAGACCUUAGGAGUGUUGGUUUCCUAGGUCUUCUUCACAUAUUGUAUUUUGUAAAAGACCCAAAACUAUUAUCUCUAGCCAGAGACAUUUAUAAACUUUCAUUACAUGAAAGUCAGAAUUUCCCCUUUUGUUUGAUGGGUAUAAAUCUUACCAGAAUAACUCUCCAGGCACUUAGAGAAGACUGCAUUAAUAAAGAGUGUAACAAACGCAGACAGGUGGUUGCAGUGGUGAAUGAUCUGUAUGUUGGGCUUUACUUAAUGUUAUACCAAAAGUGGAAACACCAACAAAUGACCAUCAUCAACUCAGGACCAGUUUUGAACGAUUUGGAACAUAUAGCCAAAACUAAUCCAAGGCAUGUGCUGAGAAACCUGGAGGCCUAUUUACAAUCAGCAGCUACCAGUAAAGCUCCAGGGUCUCCAAAGGAAAAGCAAGAGUUCACAUUUUCUUCUCUUGAUGAAGCGAAAUCAGGGGUAGGUCAUGGUGAACCUUCCUAAUUGAGGCAUUUCAGCACAAAAAUCUUCCCGGAUUAGCAAAAAAAAAAAAAAAAAAAAA